GUUUUCCGCGAGCUGCUUGAAAAGCCAUGUGUUGCGCUCGCGCUGCGUCAGAUUACGUCCCUGCCGCUUCUGCAACAUGUAUAAGACGCGAAUGCAAGCUAGUUUAAAGAGGAAGCCAUAAAAACAACAACUCUGAAAUGAGGAUGGCCGUGUUGGCAAAUCACAAACUUUGGAGAUCCGUGGAUUAUUGCGCAUCGGUUCUUUUACCACUGGACAAGCAGCAGAGAGUGACAGACAGACUCAUGACAUCCUAACUACGGUCUGAAGGUCUCUCUCAGUCAAGUGAGCAGCAAUGGAUUCGCUGUAUAUCGCUAUUGAGCUGCUGAUCGCCGUGCUGUCCAUCUCCGGUAAUGUGCUGGUGUGCUGGGCUGUGGCCAUCAACUCCACUCUCAAGAACGCCACCAAUUACUUUCUGGUGUCUCUAGCCGUGGCAGAUAUUCUGGUUGGAUGUCUUGCCAUCCCUUUUGCCAUUACAAUAAGCAUUGGUCUGCACUCAGACUUUUACGGAUGUCUUUUCCUGGCGUGUUUUGUUCUGGUACUGACUCAAAGUUCAAUAUUUAGUCUUCUGGCGGUUGCCAUCGACAGAUAUCUGGCUGUAAAAAUCCCCCUGAGGUAUAAGGAGCUUGUCACAGGGAAAAGGGCAAGAAAGAUCAUUGCUAUUUUAUGGAUCUUAUCCUUCAUCAUUGGACUCAUCCCAUUCGUGGGCUGGAACCGUAAAGACUUGGCAUGUUUCAGAAACAAAAGCAGCUUAACACAGACUAGCAAUAGCAGCGACGCUGCGGAGAUGGAAACGGGCGUCCUGCAAAGCUGCUGCCUCGAGUGCUUCUUCGAGAAAGUGGUGGACAUGAGCUACAUGGUGUACUUCAACUUCUUCGGCUGCGUGCUGCCACCUCUGCUCAUCAUGCUGGGCAUUUACGCCAAGAUCUUCACGGUGGCACGGAAACAGCUGCGUCAGAUCGAGCUCAAAUGCAGCGUGAGUAGCGGUGAGAAUCAGCACCACGGCCUGCUGCAGCGGGAGAUUCGCGCCGCCAAAUCGCUCUCCAUCAUCGUGGGGCUGUUCGCUCUCUGCUGGCUGCCCGUGCACAUCCUGAACUGCCUCACUCUCUUCUACAUCGAUCUGAAAAAGCCCAGCUUCAUCAUGCACAUCGCCAUCAUCCUCUCGCACGCCAACUCCGCCGUCAAUCCCAUCAUCUACGCCUACCGUAUUCGGGAGUUCAGAUUCACCUUUAGGAAGAUUCUGAACCGCCAUUUCUUCUGUCGACGGGACGAGUUGUAUCGCAGCUCCACUGGAAGCAGCUGUCACAGAGACCAGAUUACAAUGACUAUUGACCCUCUGCUUUAGACAGCCUGGUCAAAAUAUGAGAGAAAUGUUUACAGCCCAAAGAACUGCAAACAGCUUGAUCAUGUAUUGAGAUGAAGACAUUGUGGACACAUUUUCAGAAUUUAACAUUGAACUGUGAAAAGAAAAGAAAAAGCCUCCGUCACUACAAAUCUGUGGUAAAAUGUAUAGAUUGAAUUUCCAAGCAGACUUUUGCAGCAGCUAUUGGUCAAGCCUUAGCGCAAGGAUUUGUGGUUGCUGGACCUUUGGAAGUGCUGAACGAUCAACUGAAGCACGUAUGAGAAACCCACAUGAGGAUCCUGCAGAACAAUAAAAGACUCAUUUUGGGCAGCUUUGGUUAAAUCUCUAAUAAUCACUUGUCUGUAGAACAGCCCAGAGGAACAAUAGGCUGAACACGCCAUCAUGGAACAGAGAACACAGAAACUGUUUCUGAAUGCUUGAAUGUAUUAGGACCUUUUGUUGUUUUUUUACGGUUGAGAUGGUUAGUUUAGAGCGCUCAGGAACACACACAAGGUAGGAGCUCAUUUAAGAACCCAUAAUAGAAAGGAAAUCAUAAAAUGAUUUUCUGUACAGCCAAAAAAUUACCCCAAUUUUCAUUACUUAAAACGCACUGCUGGUCCAUUCACAGCUCCAUUAACCAAACAAGUUCAAAUCUAAACCCAAAAUGACUCCAAAAGCUACACUGGGUACAUAGUGGCCCCAAUAUUAUACGGUAAUAUAUUGCAUUACAUAACAAAAAGUGUCGUAACACUUUGUUUGAAUUUUUAUAUCAUAUUGUUUUAUAGUUUAAAACCAAUAAACAUAGCUAUUUUUCUUUCAAAUAAAUGCCACUUUGAUGUUUUGUUAUAUAAUGCAAUUAAUUACAUUUAGAUAUCUGUAAAUGUUGCUGAAGCGUACAAAUACAUUUUGGGUCAGCAUGUUACUAAAUGACCAUUACACUCUUUUCCCUUCUAACAUCUACACAGUCCAUGGGUCCAAAAUCUGAGACAACUAGUGUUUUUUUUUUUUUUUUGCAUUUUGAUACUUUGAUAUCAUCAUAAGUUGAGCUGCAUGAACUUCAUAAAUUUGUCAAACCUGAUGAUCAUGUUCUCCAGUAUAAUUUGAGAUGAUCAUCUGAUCGUCUACAGUCACAUGAUCAAUGAUCACAUUUACUUUUCUAAUUAGUGACCAGAAGAUUUGAUAUCAUGUUUGUUUCUUUAAACUUAGAACCUGUUUAUUAGAUUAUUUGCAAGUCAAAUUGGAUUUAAAUGGCAGGUUUUCACUGGUCUGGGAUGUUUGGAGCUCAGUGUAUUAUCAGUGUGUGUCUGCUCAUGUGUCCCAGCCCUUAGGAAUCAGUUUGUUAUUGAAUGUCCGACUGUGACAAACUACCCAACCUGAAACAAGAGCAGCUGACCUGCAGCAAAGACUGUCUCCUCUGGAGAGAUUUACAGUGUCACACCGGAGCUGGAUAACUCUCUGUAGUGCCAAUAAUACCACGCUAUUCUAUUAAUCACCAACCACCUUUACAGUACAACUACAGAUCAGCCGGUCAUUCAUCAGUGCCUUAACUGGAUCAUCUAGACCACAUUGUGAAGAAUAACAUAGGCUUCUAAAACGAUUAGAAGCUCAGAGCUGUGACACACUGACUCGAGUGUGUGCUCCUCAGACAUUGAGCCUUGGAGAUGUAGGGUUUAGUCCUAGUUUUUCCAUCCAUUAUAUGUUUGUCCAGUUAAAUAGGAAAAAUAAAGCUAUAUUUAUUUUAUCAUCUGAAGAGAUCCUGCUCUUCCAUGAACAUAUUAUAUAUGUCAGGUUAUAUUAUAUAAUCUGAGCAAGUGUAGGUCAUGUCAGUGCCUUAAACUGUUCUUUUGAGUACUGGUCAUAAACAUUUAAAAGCAACAUCAAACAUUUUUUGCACUUUCCCCCCCGAUUUGUUUCUGUAUAUAUACACAUAAAAACAACAACAACAAACUUUAUUGAUGUUUGGAUGGUUUAUUUCAAUAUUUAUUGUGUUUUUGAUUGUUAUGUAAGCUGAUUUUUGAUAGUCAUGGCUGUUUUAGAUGUAAAAACUCACUAGGUAUAUUCACAUGCACUGAUUUUUGCAAAUGGGAAUGAAUGCAAUCCGAUUUAAGGUUCUGAAAGCGCUAUUUAUAUAAAACCUGAAAGUUGUGCGGUUUGUAAAACAAGAAACAUAAGCAUAUUGAUAAGAGGUAAAAUGCAUGUAAACAUACACAACCAUGACACUGUGCCUUUUCAUUUUGAUUUUAGAUUACACCACUUAUUUAAUUCUCAUUCAGAUCAGUUGAGGCGUUUACAUGAAGACCUUCAGUCUGACUGAGCCAUUAUAAUCAGAUUAUUUUGGUGCAUGUAAAUGUGUCUAUUGGUUUAUUUGCUAUCUGCAGAUUUGUAAAAAUAAGGACACAGUGAUGAUGGUCAAACAUGACCAGAAGUUCAUAAACCCACAUUUAAAGGUCAUUUUAAAGUCAUGGGAAUGUAUCUAUUUAUUUUUGUUUUGUGUCCAGGUGAAAUGCGAAAAGCAGCAAGCAGUAAAUCUAGGAUCACCUUACAUCCUCUUUUUCCGGGACAUGUCUUGGCUGUGAUUUCUAAAUUGCCUAAAAUACCCAGGGUUUGGCUUUGUUUUCUUACUGACAUGCUCUCUACAUUCCUCACAUACAUUACAUGUAUUCGUGUUUGCAUUGCUUUGACUUUCUUUUGUUUGGUUUUUUGGAGAUCCCUACUUCUCACACACCAUGAUUGGUUGAUUAUGUACAAUGCCUGCACGCUAUUGGUCAUUACUUUCAGCAACUAUAAAGCCAAAACCUGGAUAUUUUAAGCAAUUCAGAAACUUCGGUCAGGGCACAUCUGGAAAAAAAGAGUCACCCUAAGUAAAACUGUGAUGAUUGGCAGACAAAUUGAUUGGUCCAAAAUCCCACACACUAUAGCUGUAUUUUUAAAGGGAUAGUUAUGCAAAAAUGAAAAGUGUGUCAUCAUUUACCUAACCUAAAUUUGUUACAAACCUGUACAAAAUUGAUUUUGUCCAUGUUGGUAGCCAAAAAGGUGACGGUAGCCAUUGACUUCUAUAGUAUUCUUUUCCAUACAAUGCAAGACAUUGGCUACCUUCAACUGUUUAGUUACCAACAUUCUUCUAAAUAUCUUCCCAAUAUCUUCAACCAAAGAAGAAAAAAAUCUUACAGAUCUGAAACAACUUGAGGGUGAGCUGACACAAAUGUCAUUUUUAGCUGAAGUACUCCUUUAACGUUGAUCAAUCAUGACUGUGAUUGUCACAUUCUUUAUCUGCUUUCAGUAUGAACAGAAAAAUGACUUCUUACUGGAAACCGUUGUUUGGGACAGGGCUCUGGUGUCUGACAGAUGCACUGAUGUGUUCGCCCCCGACUAUGACAUGCCUUCCUCAACCACAGCUGUGCCAACAGUUUCUAUUUAUUGAGGGGAAGAAAGACACUCUUAAGCAGUAUUUUUGUGUUUGUAGUCUCUAAAUGAUGUAAAUGUACACAUACUUGUUACACUUUGUAAGGGCUAAACUACCGGAGUGUGCCAGACCUCUUGGACAUUCCAAUGGAGACGAAUCUGUAUUGCACUGCAACUGUGUUAGCUGAGGUUUUAUUCCAUGAAGUACAGUCUGGUGAAAGCAGGAAAACUAAAGGCCUUUUUUAACCAGUCAAGUGGACCUGAACUUUAUUCCUGCCUUUGGAGCAAACAGAAAAGAGCCUGUGCUAUUAAAUGUGUAAGUUUUGACGUGUGUGUAUUUGUCACUAAUCUACAUACACUGUGAUGUUCUCUUGUACGUGUUGAAAAAAAAAAAAAUUUUGUGACAAAAAACUUUAGCAUCAAAAUGGAGUCUUGUUAUUUAACAUGAAUAAAUCUCUAUGUAUGGUGAAUUAUUUUAUUAAUAAAAGCUGUAUAUAUCUUU